UAAUAAUCAAGAAAAGGGAGAGAAAACAUGGCAACUUUGGAUUCUCCACUAGAGGCGUUGGCUUUCCAAUACGCUAGCUUCGGUGUUCUCGCCGUCGUCAACAACGUCUGGACAUGGCUCGCCGUCGUGACGGCCGCUCUCAGCUUCUGGAGGAUCAGAAUCACCACUACCACUGGAGACAAAAGUGGUCAUGGAUGUAUCUUGUUGGAGGAGCUAACCACCUCGAAAGAUGAGCAAGAAUCCGAUCAUCAAGAACCGCAAGAAAUGGCUUGUCCGGUGGAGAAAACGGCAGCGCAUCCGGUGAUUUGGGAGCCGUUGAUGUGCGAAGACGGAGUGGCGAAAGGGAAGCUGACGAUGUACUACGAGGUCGACGUUGACGAGGGGAGGUGUGUUGAUGGAGAGGGAGAGGGAGAGUUAACGGCCGUUAACUACGGAGGUGAGUUUGGUAAUAGCGGAGAGUGGUGGGAGAGAUGGGAAAGAGUGGUGAAGAUGAGAAAUGGUGAUGACGAGUGGUACCGUUACGUGGACUUGACGGUGUUUAACGGAAGUGUCGUAAGGUUAUGGGAUGACAAACGGAUCCUGUAACAGUGGCAGGUGUCUAAGCUAGAGGAUAUUCCUAAUUUGGGAAAAUAAAAUCCUUCAAACCUUGUUUAGUUUAAAGUGUAUUUUUUGGUCGAGUUAUGAUUAUAAAUUGUAUAUAAUUUUCUGCCACAAGACCAGGAAAGCUUGAAUUAGAGAAGAAAUCAAGAAAAUCAACAUUAAGUUUUG